AAGAAACAGAGUGAAGCAGAGAGAAGUUUCUCUCCACAGCUGACUUUAGAAAAGGAUCACGUUUGUUGUUGAAACUUUUAAGACCGAUAAGAUGAAGAAGCUGAUCCUCGACGUGGACACCGGGGUUGAUGAUGCUCAGGCCAUCAUGAUGGCCCUCGCUGCCCCCGACGUGGAGAUCCUGGGGAUCACAUGCAGCCAUGGCAACACAACGCUGGACAACGCCUGCAAGAACACACUGCGUGUCCUGAAAGCUUGCAACAGGCUGGAUAUCCCGGUGUACCGCGGAUGUUUGGAGCCACUGCUGGGCCGUAAACACCAUGCCGGAGAUUUCCACGGAAAGGACGGGCUGGGCGACACCCCCGAUCCAGAUGCCCCAGGCCUGGAGCUGCUGCAGAAGGAAAAAGCUGCAAAGGCGAUAGUCCAGUUUGUCAACCAAAACCCUGGAGAGGUGACUCUGGUUGCCACGGCGCCCCUCACUAACCUGGCCCUGGCUGUAAAACUGAACCCUGGGUUCACUAAGAAGCUGAAGGCGCUCUACAUCAUGGGAGGAAACAUGGAAUCCAGAGGUAAUACCACUGUGUGUGGAGAGUUCAACUUUGUGGCUGACCCCGAGGCGGCCUACAUCGUGCUGGAGCGCUACCUCUGUCCCACCUACAUCGCUACCUGGGAGUUCAGCUGCAGGAACAGCCUGCCAUGGGCUUUCUGCGACACUUGGCUGAAACAAGGCACAGACAAGUCUCGUUUCAUGGAGAAGAUUUACGCCCACACCAGAAAGAUGGUCCAGACUGAGCGCUAUCAAAAGGAGCUGGUGUCAGGACCGGGCUUCAACACCUGUGACACCUACGCUACGGCUGCAGCCAUCGAAGACACUCUGGUGACGGAGAGUGAAGAGGUUGCCGUGACAGUGGAGCUGGAUGGGACCCACACCCGAGGCAUGAUGGUCCUGGAUUACAUGGGCCUGCUGAAGAAGAAACACAAGGUCUUCAUCAUGAAGAGAGUCGAUCUGGAGAAGUUCAAACAACUGUUGAUUAACGCACUGAAGUAGCGUGAUGUCUCUGUGCCAC